CAAGCCUUGAGCUGUUAGGUGCAGGGGAUCCCGGCUCUUCCUGCAUGAACCUGAAACCUGUACUGUAGGUGCCUCUCUCACCACCACACCACUUCAUCUGUCUUCUAUCCUGUGUGUCUUUCAUCCAGCUGGGGGCCCCCAGCCGAACCCCAUCCUCUGUCUAGGACUUGGUUGGUGCUUCUUGGCCUACACACAGACAAGCUCCUGGAUUUACUUUAUCUGAGACGGAAGCCGGGGGUGAAUUGGAACUUGUAGUUUCUUUUUUUCUCCCUCUCUUUUGUGUUUUUUUGGGGGGAUUUUUUUGGCCUUGCGCCUAUGUGUGUGGAGGACUUAAAGGACACAAGAAAUUACAUUUUUGUUUGAGGUUUGAAACAUGAUGAAACUGAGCUAAAGAUGGGAUCCGUAGCGUCAUACUUUGGCCAAUUGUUUGGGAAGGAGCAAAAGCAAGAGGAGGAGAGACACUUGCGAGCUAAUGACAGACCUUUCAACCUGUCUUAUCAUUAUGCUGAUAAUGCCAUCAAGACCUCCAAAUACAAUAUUUUCACCUUCCUGCCGCUUAACCUCUUCGAGCAGUUCCAGAGGCUUGCCAACGGCUACUUCCUCUUCCUCUUUUGCCUUCAGCUAAUCCCACAAAUCUCCUCUCUCUCCUGGUUCACCACGGCUGUCCCUCUGAUUCUGGUGCUGGCUAUAACAGCAGUGAAGGAUGCCACUGAUGACAUAAACAGACACAAAAGUGACAAUCAAGUGAAUAACCGGAGAGUGGACGUCCUCAUCGAUGGAGAACUGAAAAAUGAAAAAUGGAUGAAUGUUCAGGUUGGAGACAUAAUCAAACUGGAGAAUAAUCAGUUUGUCACAGCAGACCUUCUGUUGCUGUCCAGCAGUGAGCCUCUCAAUCUGGUCUACGUAGAAACUGCUGAACUAGAUGGUGAAACCAAUCUGAAGGUGAAACAGGCCCUGACUGUAACUGGAGAGCUGGGAGACCACAUCGAUGCACUGGCUGGCUUCAAUGGUGAAGUGCUAUGUGAGCCUCCCAACAACCGCUUGGACAAAUACAAAGGGACGCUGACUCUGAAUGGACAGAUGUAUGCUUUAGACAACGACAAGGUACUGCUGCGAGGAUGUACUCUGAGGAACACGGAGUGGUGCUUCGGUUUGGUUGUGUUUGGAGGGCCUGACACCAAGCUGAUGCAGAACAGCGGAAAGACAAUAUUCAAACGGACGAGCAUUGAUCACCUCAUGAAUGUCUUGGUGUUAUGUAUCUUUGGUUUCCUGGCGCUCAUGUGCUCUGUUCUGGCCAUUGGCAAUGGAAUCUGGGAGGUGAGGGAAGGUUCAGUGUUCACAGUGUUCCUCCCUCGAGAAGAUGGAGUAAAUGCUGCUCUCUCUUCCUUCCUCUCUUUCUGGUCCUACGUCAUUAUCCUCAACACAGUGGUCCCCAUUUCUCUCUAUGUCAGUGUGGAGAUCAUCCGUCUGGGGAACAGCUUCUACAUAGACUGGGACCGGAAGAUGUAUUACCCCAAGAAUGACACUCCUGCCCAGGCGAGGACCACCACACUCAAUGAAGAGCUGGGCCAGAUCAAGUAUAUCUUCAGCGACAAGACUGGCACCCUUACGCAGAACAUCAUGACUUUCAAUAAGUGCACCAUCAAUGGGAAAGCAUAUGGGGAGCUGUUUGACUUUUCUGGACAAAGGGUAGAAAUAACAGAGAAGACAGAAAAAGUGGAUUUCUCCUGGAACCAUCUGGCUGAUCCAAAGUUCAUCUUUCACGACCACAAACUGGGGGAAACAGUGAGAGAAGGAAACCGAGAAGCACAUGACUUCUUUCGCUUGUUGGCUCUGUGCCACACUGUCAUGCCUGAGGAGAAGAAAGAGGGUGAGCUCUACUAUCAGGCUCAGUCUCCUGAUGAAGGCGCCCUGGUGACUGCAGCAAGAAACUUUGGGUUCGUGUUCCGCUCACGCACUCCAGACACUAUCGUGAUCAUGGAGAUGGGAAAACAAGUCACCUAUGAACUCCUGGCUGUUCUGGACUUCAACAAUGUGCGCAAAAGGAUGUCAGUCAUCGUGCGUGGCCCCAAUGGCAGGAUGACUCUAUACUGCAAAGGAGCAGACACCAUCGUAUAUGAAAGACUGCACCCAUCCUGUAACAAGCUGAUGGAAGUUACCACCGGACACCUCAAUGAGUAUGCAGGUGAUGGCCUCCGUACGCUGGUUUUGGCCUGCAAGGAUUUGGAUGACAGCUAUAUGGAAGAUUGGAAACGGCGCCACCAUGAGGCCAGCACCACCAUGGAUGAUCGAGAGGAGAGACUUGAUGAACUUUAUGAGGAGAUAGAAAAAGACCUGAUGCUUUUGGGGGCGACAGCUGUGGAGGACAAGCUUCAGGAUGGUGUGCCACAGACAAUAGAGCAACUGGCUAAAGCUGACAUCAAAAUCUGGGUCUUGACUGGGGAUAAACAGGAGACCGCAGAGAAUAUUGGCUAUUCCUGCAACAUGCUGAGGGAGGAGAUGAAGGAGAUUUUCAUUGUGGCAGCAAAUACAGCCGAAGGAGUCAGAGAGGAGCUACAGAAAGCAAGAAGGACAAUGUGUCCAGAAGCAGCAGACCAGCCAGUUGUUAAAGAGGCCCGCGCAGGCCUGUUUUGGCUUCAGAAGACAGUGACCGUGGAGGAUGAGAAGGUGGACGGGGAAUAUGCCCUAAUUAUAAAUGGACACAGUCUGGCCUUUGGACUGGAUAAGGACUUGCAGAUUGAGCUGCUGAGGACAGCAUGUAUGUGUCAGACGGUGAUUUGCUGCAGGGUCACCCCUCUGCAGAAGGCCCAAGUGGUUCAGCUGGUCAAGAAGUACAAGCAAGCUGUCACUCUGGCCAUUGGGGACGGAGCCAAUGAUGUCAGCAUGAUCAAGACUGCUCACAUCGGUGUAGGUAUCAGUGGUCAGGAGGGCAUGCAGGCAGUUCUCUCAAGUGACUUCUCCUUCGCCCAGUUCCGUUACCUCCAACGCCUCCUGCUGGUGCAUGGUCGCUGGUCCUAUUUACGCAUGUGCAAGUUCCUGCAAUAUUUCUUUUACAAGAACUUCACCUUCACCUUUGUGCAUUUCUGGUACGCCUUCUUCUGCGGCUUCUCUGCACAGACUGUGUAUGACGAGUGGUUCAUCACCUUGUACAACCUGGUUUACACAGCUCUCCCUGUUCUUGGCAUGAGUCUCUUUGACCAGGAUGUGAAUGACCGCUGGAGUUUUCAGUAUCCUCAGCUCUACUCUCCAGGCCCGCUGAACCUAUACUUCAAUAAGAAAGCCUUUGUGCGCUGUAUGAUGCACAGUUGCUACAGCUCCCUCGUCCUCUUCUUCAUACCAUGGGCUGCCAUGCGUGACACGGUCCGAGAUGACGGCAAAGACAUCGCAGACUAUCAGUCCUUUGCUUUGCUGGCUCAGACCUGUUUGCUCGUUGUGAUGAACAUACAGUUGUGUCUGGACACCCAUUACUGGACAGCAGUGAACCAGUUCUUUGUGUGGGGCAGCCUGGCUGCCUAUUUUGCCAUCACAUUUACCAUGUACAGCAAUGGCAUGUUCUUCAUCUUCACCUCCUCUUUCCCCUUCAUCGGCACCGCAAGAAAUUCUUUGAAUCAGCCCAACGUUUGGCUGACCAUAUUCCUGACUUCCCUCCUCUGUAUCCUGCCUGUGGUGGCUUUCCGCUUCAUUCUCGUUCAGCUUUGGCCCACCGUCAACGACAAGGUGAGGUAUAAGUUGCGAAAGGAGGCGCUGCCAGCACUGCCACCUCGCCGCCCACCUACCAGGCGUAUCAGCACCCGGCGGUCAGGCUAUGCCUUCUCUCACUCCCAGGGCUAUGGUGCUUUGGUUACAUCUGGAAGGUUCUUGAUGAAGCGACCCGCGAAGAGACAGGUCCUGUUCACAGAAACAGACUCUCCUCUGGCUCAGAAUCAGCCACAGCACUACCGCAGCAUUAAAGAGGAGCCAGAGGAGGAGCAGCCCUAGAGCCAUCAGACAGGAGGUAUGCAGGGACUAAAUUGCUGCAGAGUGUGUGGGACCAACAUGGUUUUUAUUUUUGAGCUUGGCUCAUACUUUAGAGAGGAUGCAUAGGGUAAAGUUGACUACCUGGAUGUGUUCCAGGCCAGAUUUUUAUAAUGAUGAAUAUUGGUAAAACUGUGAAGAGGGAGUGAACUUAGGAGUACAUACAGCCCACACUGGUGGGCCUUUCACCUCAAGAAGUACAACUCUUAUAAGUUGUAGUUCACAUUAAUGUUGACUGUUUUCCAAAGCCUACCAGAAGAUUUUAGAUAGAUUUUCUUCCUUCUUAACAAACAUUCAGAAGCCUUUUUGUUGCAUAUAAGCACACUGCGAUCUACAUAUUUUGCAACUAAGUUAGGUGCUGAAAAAGGAUUCAAUUCAUAUUAUCUAACAACAUGCCUGAGCAGGUUGAUCUUCUAGCAACAUAGCUCACAAAUUUAGCUGAACUCUCAAAUUUUAGAUAUCAGAGGGACCUUGAACGCACUAACAGAGUUUUAAGAACAGCCCUUGAUUGCAACUGGUAAUGUAGAUGUGACAAAAAUAGUGUCUAAAAGUGUUCAGGUUGAGGUUCAGGUCGAUCACCAAUCUCAAGCAUCAUUUAAUACUGUAGUGAAAUAAAUAGAAACUAAAGACAGCAUGUAAGGAAAAUUAGCCUAAAAUAUUAUAGUAAGCUUUGGGAAAUGUCCAGAAAUACUGUAUGCAGUUUGUACUUCAUGGACUAAAAUAUACAAAACCAUAAAUUGCAAUGAGAUUAACUUUGUGUCAUGCAUACCUUUUUUAUAAUAUUUUUUGUGAUUAAAGGUUGUUAAAUUUAUUUUAAAAGUUGCCACUUGCUGAUCUGGAUAACCUGGAUUACCACACUGCCUGCAACAUGAAGUUGCAUUUUGUACCUUUUUAAUUAUUUUCCCCCCUCACAUUAAUUGUGAAUUAACACAGCAACUUGUUUUUUACUCUGUUAGCUUUUAUUGUUUACAUAAUUAUUUACAUGAUUUUUUUUAUUUUUGUCUGCACUGAGUUAAUAAUCUGUCUGACCACUCAGUCACAGUAUUGUCACAGUGCAGCCAGGGGUCAGUGUUGUCUUUGAGUCUGUGUUUUCAACUUUCCAGAGCCAGUAAAGUGAACUUGGAAUAAUGGUUAAUGUGUCAUAAGAGGACCAGCAGACUGCUCAUUAUAUUUUGCAUUGAGACUGUCAUGUUAUCAUAUUAGGUUCUGUUGGCUCGUAUCUGAUGGGACAGAAGCAUGAACAUGAUCAUUCAAAUUUUUAAAUGCGGGAUCUUAUGUGAAUAAACCAAAGAAGUUGAU